AUGUCACCAUUAUCAAACUGGCUUCUUGGUCUCACAUUUGAACGACAGUAUGAUUCAAAUGGAGCUAAACCACAUAAUUUAACUGACUCACUUAUUUGUUUAAAUCGUUAUUGCGACAAACGAAUGUAUGCUGAUUUCCAGUUGGAGUGUCACCUUGUACUAUCAUAUAAUACAAUAGGUGCUGAUCAUAAUGAUACGCGUUUACUAUUAACGAAAAGAAAAUCUGAUAAACAAUCUACUUUAUAUCGUGACUAUUUAUUUUUAUUAAAACAUUGUGAUCAAUCACAUUAUUACGUUUUCACGAUUAAUCAUGAUCCGAAUGAACAAACUUUAUUGUCUAAUCGAUUAUUGUCAUACUCACCGAAUGAAAUUGUACCAGCAUAUGCCCAAUCAUGCAGUAAUGGUCAGCCCAAAAAGUUAAUUGAAGAUUUGAGUUUAAAGACAUGUCUAUUGGCAUUCGAUAUUGUAUUCGAGGGUCCUGAUGGUCUAUAG